UUUCUCUAAACUCUUUGCAUCUCAUCGCCUCUCACUCUCAUUUUUUUGUAUUUUCUCAUAUCUCAAACUAAAAUCAGUAAAAUGGAAGAUGAUGACAUUGUAAUUGCGGUUUUAUACAAUGGAACAUUGGUACAAAAUGAUAGUGGUGAUUGGGAAUAUCGAAAUGGUAAAAAUGUAAUGGUUUCCGUCGGCAAGAGAUGCACAAAAUCAGAGUUAGAGGAUGAGAUUUUCAAUUCUAUUGAGAUAGAUCGAAAUGAAUAUUUGCUAAAGCUAAAAUGGAUAUAUGGACGAUGUGCAGAAAAGUUGGAUCCUACAGAAAUACGAUGUGAUAGGGAUGUGAAAUGCUUUCUUCAAGAAGUGAGGAAUGGAGGGAUGACAAUGAUGCGGCCUCCAUUGUAUGUUGAGGUGAUUUCAAAAGUUGAACAUGUAUGUAGAAAUGUUCAUCAAACAGCAUUUGCUUCGGAUAGUGGGAGUAAUCUUCAUUCUUUUUCUUGUCCUCCAAUUGGCGGUCGUCUACCACAAGCUUCCGGUACUGAAUCAAUUCAGGCUACAUCUCAGGAAAUUAUGGUUCAAGAAACUCAGUUUAGAGAUCAAGUUGAUGUUCGUGGGGGGCCUGGACAUCAUUUAACAUUCACGAAGGAGUUGAUGUUGGAGGUGACUAUGCUGAACGGUUUCCUAACGACGAGGAGUAUGAGCAGUUGCAUCAUAUUGAUCAUGAUGAGAAUUACAAUGCAGCAGGGGAUGAUGUUGGUCAUAAUGAUGUAGAUUUUGAUCAUGAGUUGCCGGACAAUGAUAAUGAUAUGCAUCCUGAAAUGAACAAUGAAGGAGUUGAUGAUGUUAGGGUUCAUCGUGCUACAAGUGACCACAUAUCAUCGAGCAACAUAAGUGGUUCUAUGGCCAUAUUUUCGUCAAAGUUCACUGGCUGUGAGAGCAUAGUAGUUGGACAAUUAUUUCGCAACAA